AUGAUGGCCGGUCAAGCCGCUGGCGCGGAUUCCUUCUGCAAAUGGCACAGCGGAGGCACGGUGUCAUCCGCUGUGGCCCCGCCUGCUGGCGCUGCGGGAGCGGCAGGCAGCAUGAGCACCUCCCUGAACGGCGCCCCUGGUCAGCCGGCGAGCGUUAUGCCCCUCGGCGGCGCCGGCUCCUUCUAUUUCUCGUUCUGCGGCACGGACGGGCUCAUGAUUGGCGACACAGCUGACGCGAACCUGAGCACCACCUACGCCAACACCGUCGCGACCCCAACCUUCAGCGCAAUCAACGCCAGCGCCAAUAGUCGACCCGCAAGCUUCACCACCCCUGGUACCACUGUGGCGAGCGCAAUGCAGCUGGCGGCGGGGAAUCUCGAGCACUUCUACGGCAUUCCCACCCCGAGCGCGCCGAAUCGCGCCGACUACGCGGCCUCCAGCGCCGCGAGCAACUGCAGCAGCACCAGUGAUCACCACGGGGGCGAACGAGGCACAGCGCCGCCGCCGCCGAUGAGCACUGGCUCGCAACAGCUCACGAACAACGCGCUGCCGCAGGGCGGGGUCCAGAAGGAUGUGCUGGCGCUCAUGGCCGCCGAGCAGCAGCAGCAGAAGUUUGUGCUGCAGCAGCGCAACGUCUAUAUGUCUGGAUUGCCGGUCAACUUCCGCCCCUCUGCCUUCCGCGCGAUGUGCGGGGUCUUUGGCCGCAUCGAGUCCUCGAAGCUCUGCAUGGAGGCGGAUGACUCCAGCCGGUGUCGCGGAUUCGGUUUCGUGCUCUUCUACGACGUGGAAAGCGCGAACUCGUGCAUCUCAUCGCUGAACGGAAAGGUGAUGCAGGGCCGCACGCUGCAGGUGCGCCGUGCCGACCUCUCCGCCGCACCGCAGCCGCUGCACCCGGUGACGCAGCGCAACCGCACUGGCUCUGGUCUGGUGACUCCGCCGAUACUGGGGCAGCAGACGGCACCGACCGAGAUGCCGCCCGCACCAGCGACGGCCGCCUUCCCUCUCUACAGCCCGCACCCGCCUACUGUUGGCCAGUCAAGCGUGGAACCGGUCGUCAUGUCGGCGGUACCCUUCACCUUCGCGACUCCCACUGGCGUCGCACCACCGCCCGGAUCGCUCAUUCAUAAGUCGACGUCGACCACUGCCUCUUUCCCUCUUGGCACCAACGCAUCGGCUUCCAGUUCGCUUGGCGCCACCUCGACGCCGACAGUGGUUUACGCCUCAAACAGCACGAUGCUCUCCACUAUGCGAGGGGGUGUACCUGUGAUGCAACUCUUCACGGCGGUCCCACCGAGUGGCGCGCCCGCGAUGGGCCCGCAGCCGCCCUCGGUGAUGUCGCACACGUCACUCAGCAGCCGCGAUGGCGCUACCCCGCACACCGAAACUCCCUCGAGUGUGGCAAGUUCCAGUGCACCGAUCGGCUUCUCCGCCUCUCAGCACCUCAUCCAGCUCCAGGCGCCGACUGCGCAACAGCAGCAACAGCAGAAUCUCCCGCAGCACUCCAUCCAGUUAAAGCCACAGCCCCCGAUGCACCCACCCGCGCAGCCACAGCGACCGAUGAGCGUCUGCGCGAACGUGGCAAUUUACCGCCCACUCGAAACGGCCUCGAGCGCCGGCAACCUUAACCUCAACCCAAGCGCUGGUUGCAGCGCGAUGGCGAGCGCGUACAGCGCCAACGGCAACGUUCUGCAAGACUACCUUAUGGGAGUGGACCCGAACACGUCCUCCUCCAAUAUCUUCUACUUUAUCUCCCCGCCGUAG